CGCAUAUAUUCCCGACAAUCUCGCACAGUAUGUGUUUGGGAUCGGCGAGGCUGGUGGCGGCGGAAGAAACCCUAGGAGCGAGGCGACGGGGAAUCGGUUCUGCCGGCGACAAGUCCGACUACCCGCCUGCCUUCUCUCAGUUAACAGGAAGGGGCAGCGGUAUGGGUAACUCUAUCGCAGCUAGUUCAGCUCCUGCACUGCUGGGAGAUACUCACAAUCCAUGCUUCAAAUGGAAGGUUCAUAACUUCUCAAACCUACUCCAGAGGGGAGAGGUCUCAGUCAAUUCAGCCCCCUUUUUCUACUCUGGGUACAAAUGGUUCCUUCAGUUGACUCCUCUUACCAAGUCUUAUUCUGCAAAACCAUGUGUUGCUCUUUCUCUAGGAAUUACUCGAGGAAGUCUGGGCUUGGAGCCAGGUUCCGUGAUGGCUGUGGUGUUUGAGUUGUCCAUAUACAAUCAUUCAGAUCAUGUGCAUUGGGGAUCCAAAGCUACCUUCAACUUUGAUGAUGAGCAUAUAAACUCGAAGAAGGAAUGCUUGAUUCCACUUAAAGAACUACUGGUUUCAACUGAUUUUUUGGCUGAUGACUGCUGUGUCUUUGGUGUGGAUAUAUUGAAAAUUAAUGCCCUUUUUCCUGAAAAGGAGGAAAUUGCGAUCCAGAAGGCUGCAACAAUUCAGAGCCUCUUCAUCCAGAAUGAUAAUUUCAUCAAAUUGACCUGCAGCGUGACGAUAAAUAACUUUCUUGAAAUGAGCAUGAUGAAAUUCGUUUGUUCAAGAUUUGAACUUGAUGGACAAAACUGGUACUUUGGCGUCUAUCCGCGAGGUAACCAGUACAGCAAUAAUUGCCUCUCCUUGUACUUGCACCUUGAUGGCUCAGAGAAGCUCCCUCAUAAGUAUGGGAAGUUGGUUGAAUUAACUUUAUCCAUAUUGGACCAAAAACAUGGAAAACACUUCAUCAGGAAAUGCCCAGGUCUCGUGGUGUUUGCUGGUAAAUCCCACUGGGGGUGGUCUGACUUCAUUCCACUUGAGACAUUCAUGAAUCCAGAGAGAGGCUAUCUUGUAGAAUCGUGCUGCAUUAUCAAGGCAGAGAUUACUAUCUUUGGAUCUUCUGAUGUGUGUCGUCUGAUGGCAUGAGUGAUAUAGAAUGCCUGCCACAUCUAUGUCCUGGUAGUAAAGUUAUGCCCAACUUGAAUAGUUGAAUAAGAGAGGGUUGUAGUAGCUGUUCUCAGAACCUGUGUGCUGAUGUACAUGUUAGGAUUUAAUUAGUCCUAUUAAUCCCUGCUUUUCCUAAUCGAGGCGGUUGUCCCUUCGGACGCACCCCUUCGCGGGCUAUAUAUAUAUGUGUGUAAUAGCAUUAUCAAUGAGAACAACUAUUCACUUUU